GAUAAACGAUUGCUGUGUCACGAUCCAAAUGUGACGAUCGUCCUCACAGACAGAGCAUCCAGUCUGUUCCCUCUUUCUCGUGAUUUCCCUGUGAGAAAAGUGAGGGAGUGUGACUGUGGGACAGAAAGGAGAGGAAGAGAGGGAGAGAAGAGGUGAGAGAGAGACAGAAGACAGAAGGAGGAGAGAACAGCAUUCAGACAAUCAGUGUGUGUUAGAGAGGUAGAAACAGGAGGAGAGAGGAGCUGGCUGGAAAACAAUAGUUAAACAAUAAAUCAUUGUUGUGAGCAGGAUCUCAGCCCGUCUCUGGAUACCUCUGCUGUCUUUCUGCUGCUGGGCGCUGAAGAUUGAGGUGGAUCCAAACAGUAGGGGAUGGAGCGAACUGAUGAAGCAGUCCUCCUACAUCCUGUCUCCCCACAGUUUGCUGACCUUGAACCUCCACUGUGCUAACAGGGACAAUACAGAGACAAAAACAUCCACCUUCUCCUUUGAGAGACCCUGAAAUACAACUUGUUUGUGGGACAGAAAGAACUGAUUGAGGAUUGAGGGUGUGAGGGUUAUCUUAUCAUGAAGCCUUCAAUCUCUGUGGGCUCCUCUUCUGGCCUGCUGUUGUUCCUGAUGUGCUGCCCCCUGCUGGGUUGGGUCCAGUCUGCCAGCAGCAACAAGGCCAAUGAUAAUGGACACCGACACCUGGGAGAUACUGAUCCAGAUCGAUGCAUGAGGCACCACUUUGUGGAGACCAUCACACACCCAAUUUAUAAGUGCAACUCCAAGAUGGUGUUGCUGGCACGCUGUGAGGGCCACUGCAGCCACACGACUCGCUCUGACCCCCUCAUCUCCUUUAGCUCAGUGCUCAAACAGCCCUUCAAGAGCACCUGCUCCUGCUGCCGUCCACACACUUCCAAGCUGAAGGCGGUGAGACUGCGCUGUGCAGGUGGUACUCGCAUUACAGCCACUUACAGGUACAUCCUUGCCUGCAACUGCGAGGAAUGCAGCUGAACAGGAAGCAGCACCCUCGCAAACCCUCAAAACUCUCAAGACCUAGGAUCCUCUUGUCCUUGAGCCUUGUUCUAAAGCUAUCUAGAGCAUUUUGGUUCAUUAUUGGAUUGACUCGGAGGACAGCGGCUCAAGAUGUUUGUUCUUAUCUUGGGAGUGAUAGUUUGGAGCAAUGCAACCACCCUCACAUAGACCUUAAAAUAAACCUGCAGCCCUUGGGACUAUGCCCUCUCCUUUAUGUUAAUUCAGUCAGUACAAGCCAUUAAAAAGCACAUUUCUCCAGCACACAAAGCCAUCCAGAACAAACUGUCACUCCCAUGGUGCUGAAAGUAGACCCUCCUAACUGCAGAAAAGUGCUACACUCAUUACAGGCCUCCAUAAUUCAUAACACACAUGCGGAACCCCUGCAAUAUCAGAACUCAUUAUAAGUAUGACAGUUUUCUGCCAGCUCCAUAAAAACCCCACCAUGCAUUUGACAAGAAAACAGCACUGUGAAAAAGCAGCAUGGGAAAGGAUGAACGAGUCCACGUGAGCCCAGACAAAUAGUGGAUCCAUAGAUCUGCUGUGCUUAUUCACCCAAUAACAUGUUACACACUCCCUGCAGACUUUCAUCCAGCUGUGCAAAACAUGAGCAUCACCCAUGUUUUACACAGCUGAGCUCAUCAGGUGAACAAUAAGGAGGGAAGAAGACCCAGGGGAAAGGUGAAGCCAGCCUAGGUGGUGCUGUGGAAUGUCAGUAGACAGUUAAGGAUAUCAGUGUUCAUUUUAAAUGUAAUCUAUUCUGUUUGAGUCUUUGUGAUGUUCCUGUCAACAUUAUUGACACAUUAUUGUCACUACUAUCGUGCCAGACUUACGAAACUGAUGCUUUUGCCUGUCAUUUAUUGUGACGAAUGACAUGUCCAGUGUUUUGACUUGGAGACACUGUUUGAUUUGGUCAAACAUUGUUAUGGUUGCUCUCCAUAUGUCUGUGAUGCCUGCAUACAUUUUCCUCUAAGUCAACCAUGAAGGAUACAGGACUUUUAAACUCACAUUUAAGUCAUUCGAUGUGUGUGCCAGGCUCUAAAAUGUCAUUGACCGUUAGUACUUGUGGUCAGUUCAUUAAAAUAAAAAUGAAAUAAACAAUGCAGUCCCAUUGUAUGAAUUGUGCUUUCUUCUCUCAUGAAAAUGUGUGGUGGUGUCUAUAUCAGCCCUGCAUCUCCUUAUUUUCUUAGUACUUUGCUGUGUUGAGUCAGGCUGCAAGCUGAUGAAUGUCGCAUUUGCAAAAUCAUGACUGACUUGUAAUCUUACUGAAACUUGUAAGCAACUUACUGCAAACCAGCCUGUUUCUCUCUAUGGCGCAAUGAAUGUGAACAUAGAAGGAAAAAAAUGCUAAGUAUAAAAUGAGUGGACAGAAACAAAGUCAUGUCAGUGAGAGGCCCAUUCUGCUGAGGUGUCCAUGAGCAAGAUGCUGAAUCCCAUCAGCUCCAGGGACGCUGCUGACUUGACUGCCUUGACGUCUUUGAGAGAGAAUUAAAAACUGAAUCUUCCAGUGUGGAUUAAUUACAUAUCCCUUCAAUGAUCCUUUUCAAAGUGCUUUGAAAGUAAGAAUGUUGUGUUCAACACAGCAAGAGCUCUGUGACUCACAGUCACCAGUGUGGUUU